AUGCGGUUCUCCGUCCUGGCUGCGCUGGCGGCCCUCGGCAGUAUAGCCAGUCUCUCCCUGGCAGCUCAGACGGAGGUCCACGAGGCUGGCCGGUGUGCUAUCAGAGGCAACUGUGGGAGGCAGUCCUUCUUUGGCGGCGAGCUGCCGUGCCCGGACAAUGGACUGGCCCAUCAGCCUGACCAGAGAGUCCGGCAGCGGCUGGUAGACCUCUGUGGGAAGAAGUGGGAAGACGGGCCGGUGUGCUGCAAGGAAGAGCAGAUUAAUGCGUUAUCGACAAACUUGAAGCUGGCUGCGGGAGUCAUCUCGUCCUGUCCGGCGUGCAAGGAGAACUUCUUCAACCUGUUCUGCACCUUCACCUGCUCCCCGGACCAGUCCCUAUUUAUCAACGUUACCGAUGUGGCCGAGGUGAACGGAAAGCUGCUGGUCACCGAGCUGGACAACGUCUGGUCGAAAGACUAUCAGAGCAACUUUUACGACAGCUGCAAGAAUGUCAAGAACGGAGCUUCUGGCGGCAAGGCCAUGGAUUUUAUUGGUGGAGGAGCGAAGAAUUACACCCAGUUCGUCAAAUUUCUCGGUGACAAGAAGCUGCUCGGCAGCCCGUUCCAGAUAAACUUCCUGACCGAGCCCCGACGGCCGGACGAUGACCAGGGCAUGAAGCCGGUGCCAGACGAAACAAAAUCCUGUGCUGACAAGGACGAGUCGUACCGCUGUUCGUGUAUUGAUUGCCCCAACGUCUGCGCAGAGCUUCCCGCCAUAAAGGGAGAAAAACCUUGCUUGGUAGGAAGCUUGCCCUGUCUGACAUUCAGCGCGAUCCUGAUAUACUCCAUCUCCCUGAUGCUUAUCGUGGUCCUGGCGAUUGCCCGAUCUGCGUUCAAACGCCACCGCUCUCGAAGCAUUGAACGGGUUCGCCUUUUGCAGGACGAUGCACCAACUGACGAGGACGAGGAGGCUGAAGUUAUUGAGGAGACUCGGAUCCCUCAACCAUACCUGCUCAAUCAUGUCCUGGGCAACGCCUUUAAACGGUUAGGUGGGAUUUGCGCGAGGUUCCCUGGGUUGACGAUCGCUUUAACUGUCCUAGUCUCAGUCCUGCUCAGUCUUGGCUGGCUUCGUUUUGCGGUCGAAACUGACCCCGUCAGGCUCUGGGUGAGCCCUACCUCGGCAGCAGCAGAAGAGAAGAAUUACUUUGAUUCCAAUUUUGAGCCAUUCUAUCGUAUUGAACAGGUGUUUGUUGUCAAAGAUGUUGACACCAGCAAGCCAGAGCCCGUAUUGGAUUACGAGACCUUGGGCUGGUGGUUUGAUGUAGAGAACCGUGUCCGCAGAAUGAUCUCCCUGAACAAACGAUUGACCUUAGACGACGUUUGUUUCAACCCAACCGGGCGUGCCUGUGUUGUCCAGUCUCUUUCUGGUUAUUUCGGGGGAUCUUUCGCCAACGUCGACCCGAACACAUGGAAAUCGCACCUACAACAUUGUGCUCAGUCCCCAGGCUCACGGGAUUGUCUCCCGGAUUUCCAGCAGCCUCUAGCACCAGAGAUGGUCCUAGGUGGAUUCAACGACACAGCAGAUAUCCUGGAUGCCCAUGCACUCAUUAUCACCUGGGUGGUCAACAACUAUGAGCAAGGAUCUGAUAUGGAAGCGCGAGCCAUGGACUGGGAGGAGACGUUGAAGCAAGUUCUGCGGGUCGUGCAAGAGGAAGCUUCCGAGCGUGGCCUCCGUGUCUCAUUUAGCACCGAGAUAUCACUUGAGCAGGAGCUGAACAAGUCAACCAACACCGAUGCCCGAAUCGUUGUCAUCAGCUAUGUUAUCAUGUUCAUAUACGCAUCCCUCGCCCUUGGCUCGACAACCAUCAGCUGGAAGUCCCUCAUUCACAAUCCGAGCCAUGUCCUCGUCCAGUCGAAAUUCACUCUUGGAAUCGUCGGUAUUCUUAUUGUCUUGAUGUCCGUUUCAGCGUCCGUCGGCCUCUUCUCGGCAUUUGGCAUCAAGGUCACCCUUAUCAUCGCGGAGGUGAUCCCAUUCCUAGUCCUCGCUGUGGGCGUAGAUAACAUCUUCCUCAUCGUCCAUGAAUUUGAGCGGGUGAACCUAAGCCACCCAGAUGAGGAGAUUGACGAGCGCAUUGCUCGAGCUCUUGGAAGGAUUGGCCCGAGCAUUCUACUUUCAGCCACCACAGAGACUUUCGCCUUUGCACUGGGAGCGUUCGUGGGCAUGCCGGCGGUAAAGAAUUUCGCUGCGUAUGCAGCUGGCGCCGUGUUGAUUAAUGCCUUAUUGCAAGUUACAAUGUUUGUCUCCAUCCUAGCCUUGAACCAGAAACGUGUAGAGAGCCUGCGGGUGGACUGUAUACCUUGCAUUGCUGUCCGCAAGGCUGGGGACAACGGUAUUGCAGGUGAAGAUAGACCAGAUUUUGGCGAGAGCAUGCUUCAGUGGUUUAUCCGCAAAGUUUAUGCAACAAGGCUGCUUGGAAAGGACGUGAAGGUUGCAGUGGUAGUGCUCUUCCUGGGCCUUUUUACCGCCGGGCUGGGCCUGAUUCCCAUGGUGAAGCUGGGACUAGACCAGCGGAUCGCCAUUCCGAACGGCUCCUACUUGAUACCCUACUUCAACGACAUGUCCGAAUACCUGCGUGUUGGCCCUCCAGUCUACUUUGUGACGAGAGACGUCAACAUCACCUCCAGGGAGCACCAGCAACAGGUCUGUGGCCGGUUUACCACCUGCGACGAGUACUCUCUCGGCUUUGUCCUGGAGCAAGAAUCCAAACGGCCAAACGUCUCAUAUAUCUCGGGCGCAACGGCUAAUUGGAUGGACGACUUUUUCUACUGGCUCAACCCGCAACAGGACUGCUGCAAGGAGAACGGCAAAGCGUGCUUCGAAAAUCGUCAGCCCAGCUGGAACAUUUCUCUGUAUGGCAUGCCCGAGGGCGCCGAAUUCAUCCACUAUGCUGAAAAAUGGCUCAGCUCGCCCACGACCGAAAGCUGCCCGCUCGGCGGCAAGGCACCAUACAGCAACGCCCUCGUCCUCGACUCCGACCGGAUCAUGACCAACGCAAGUAGCUUCCGGACAUCCCACACCCCUCUGCGUACCCAGGCCGACUUCAUCAACGCAUAUGCCUCUGCUCGACGCAUCGCCAACGACAUCUCGACAAACCACGGCAUCGAUGUGUUCCCUUAUUCCAAGUUCUAUAUCUUCUUCGACCAGUACGCAUCCAUCGUCAAGCUCACCGGCACCUUACUCGGGUCCGCCGUUGGCGUGAUCUUCCUGAUUACAUCCGCCCUGCUCGGCUCCCUUUUCACCGGCGGAGUGGUGACACUGACCGUAGUGAUGAUCGUGGUGGACAUUAUCGGCGCCAUGGCCGUAGUGGGCGUCUCCCUAAACGCCAUCUCGCUCGUCAACCUGGUGAUAUGCGUUGGCAUUAGCGUCGAGUUCUGCGCUCACAUCGCCCGUGCCUUCAUGUUCCCUUCCGCCUCGCUGCUGGAGAAGGCUCCCGUAAAACUCCGCCAUCGGUCCGCUAGAUCCUGGGCCGCACUGGUCAACGUUGGCGGCAGCGUCCUCAGCGGCAUCACCAUCACCAAGCUUGUGGGCAUCUGUGUCUUAGCGUUUACCCGUAGCAAGAUAUUUGAGAUCUACUACUUCCGCGUCUGGCUGGCUCUGGUCAUCUUUGCCGCCGCCCACGCUCUCAUCUUCCUGCCCGUGGCCCUCAGCUUCGUAGGCGGAGACGGCUAUGCUGAUUCUCAUGCUGCUGGCGGCCUCGAAGAAGACCUCGCGGCCCGCGGGUACAGGUCUCUGCUGCUCGACGACGACUACUACGACUCUGAUGACGAAGAGCUCUAG